UUUCAUAGGAACAAUGCAAUGGCAGUGCCGCUGACGUUUCAGCUGUCAGAUGAUUUUACAUGGAUUGCUUUGUUCUCAGCAGACUCCCAGCCAAAGUCAGCAGAAGAGUCCCCUGCAAUCCAGUAUCGCAUUCCUCAGUCAGAGCUGGUUGAAGUCUUACAAAGAAGGAUGGAGAAUAAGCUAAAGCAGAGUGUGAUGGAAUGGCGCUGUCCCCACCUGACGCGGUGGAACAGGCGCUACCCUACUAUCCUCAGUGAAAUCCUGCCCAAGUUCGAGAUGCAGCAAGACCUCUCCUCCGUGGAGGAGGAGCUUCACAGACUGUCCGUCAACAUGAGGGACUUCAAGGUGACUGGCAUGCCCAUUCAUAUGGCUUUCACCGAUAUGGAUGCUGUGAUCGAACGAGUCCGGAGCGCCCAGAUUCACAGCACAGAGAUCCCCGACACGGAGUUUGCGCUCUGUGUCUACAUCCAUCCCUACCAUAAUGACAUCUUGUCUGUCUGGGUCUUCCUAGCAUCACUGGCGACACGUCAGAAGGGAACAUACUACCAGCCCCCAAGUUACGGUGAAUAGAGUUACCAAUGUUUUGCCUGCAUUCAUUAGAACACUUCUCUAGAGAGAAAGGGUGGAGUUUCACUUAGAUUGGUCAGGUUUGAGACCACACUCGGCCCACUCCAGGCGGAGAAGUACAGCCUGGGAGAAGACAAGGGACGCCCUUGUGGGAAGGUCAUGAGCAUAGAAAUUAAUACUUUUUUUC